CAGUCAUUCCGACGGUGAUUUUGCUUGUGCUUAUAAUUUUAAAAUAUAUAUUUUUGUAAUUAUCACAAUGAUGCCUCGCAUGCUGAUCCUCCUCGCGCUGACCGCUUGCGCAGCAGCCGCUCCCGCAGCCUUGAAGGUGGAACCACCGAGCAAGCUGAUCUGCAGUCAGACGGCUCCGCCCAUGGUAGCUGCUACGGAUCCCUGCCGAUUUAAAAAGGAUUUAACCGUUGCGAAAUUUCCUCCGCUGGAUGAGAAACUCCUUUUGGAGGAGGAUAUCGAAGGGAUUAUUGAGCCGGGUGAUAGCAGUCUGGAUGUGAUACGCAAACUGAUCACGCCACCGCGUAACGGCGUCGCGGCGCAGAUGAAACGUUGGCCGGGCGGAUAUGUGUAUUACGAAAUCGCUGAUAGUACUUUCACUCCAGCAGAAGUUGCCAUGAUUCACGAAGCCGCCAGGCAGUUCGAGCAGGCGGAUGCGGUACGGCUGCUUAACAGGACCGGACAGGCUGAUUAUGUCAGGGUCGUACGAGAGAAAUCCAGUUGCUCUAGCAUCGUCGGCCGAGCCGGUGGUGCACAGCGGCUGAACUUGGGCGCCGGAUGUAUGCGGGUCGGGACAGUUAUGCACGAAUUCAACCACGCAAUCGGUUUCUGGCAUGAACAAUCACGCUUUGACCGCGACCAACACGUCGAAAUCAACAAAGACAACAUCCUAGAAGAAGCCUGGCACAACUUUGUCAUUCACGGCUUAAACGAAGCCACGGUCAGCGACACCCCGUACGAUCUCAACUCCAUCAUGCAUUACGGCCGCUACGCGUUUGCCAAACAGAAAAACGUCUGGAGCAUCCGGCCACUGCCGCCCAACCGCUACGAGGACAUUGGACAGCGUGACGGGUUCAGUGAACUCGACAUCCAGGAGAUGAACGCCCUGUAUCCCUUGUGCGCCGUGAUGUGGACGCAGCCGCAGUACGAGGGCGAGAGUAUCCGGUUCGUCAGGGAAUUCCAGACGACGCUGCACAGCAACUGGUGGAAUAACCUGUCAUCCGCAAACGUCACGGAGGGCUGCACCCUCAGCGUUUAUAGCGAGGCGGAGUUCCAGGGGGAGGUGCGGGAUUUCACCGGGAAAGUGCCUGAUUUGAAUGGGUUAUUAGUUGAAAAUAAGGCGCAGUCAGUGAACUGCCGGUGUACUCAAACAGAACCCGCGCCAGUGCAACCGUCACAAUAAUGUUCUACGGUAUUUGGAGAAAUUUCUCGCAACUGUGAUAGAAAUCUUACAUUGGCAUUAGGCAUUCUACUUCUUCAGUAUUCAGAGCGUUAUUUCGUAUUAAAGAAGCCCACAUGU